GGCAGGCACUUACACCACUGAGCUAAAUCUCCAGCCCACUCUUUAUCCCUCUGAAAAGGACAAUGUUCUCUCCUCCCCUGGUGAGAUCCUGAGACAUCUUUACUGACCAUGAGUGUUAUCCCAGAUGUCAAGAGUCGAGGAAUGAAGUUUGCUGAGGAGCAGCUGCUAAAGCAUGGAUGGACUCAAGGUAAAGGCCUGGGCCGAAAGGAGAAUGGCAUCACCCAGGCCCUCAAGGUGACACUGAAGCAAGACACUCAUGGGGUGGGACAUGAUCCUUCCACGGAGUUUACAAACCAGUGGUGGAAUGAGCUCUUCAACAAGACUGCAGCUAAUUUGGUGGUGGAAACUGGGCAGGAUGGAGUACAGAUUAGGCAUCUCUCUAAGGAGACCACCCAGCGUAAUCGUCCCAAGCCCAACUUGCUGUAUCAGAAGUUUGUGAAGACAGCCACACUGACUUCAGGUGAAGAAAAGCCAGACAGAGACUUGGAGAGCUGCACUGAUGACAAGCAAGGGCCCACGCCUCCAAAGAUUCUGACUGACGAGAUGCUGCUCCAGGCCUGUGAGGGACGAACAGCACACAAGGCUGCCCGUCUUGGAAUCACAAUGAAGGCUAAGCUUGCUCGGCUAGAGGCCCAGGAGCAGGCCUUCCUGGCUCAUCUCAAAGGCCAAGACACGGGGCCCUUUCCAUCACAGAAUGAGAGCAAGCCCCCCAAAAAAAAGAAAAAGAAAAGGAAGCAAGAAGAGGAGGCUAGAACAGUGGAAAAGAAUCAGGAGCACCUACACAAUGAGCACCUAGAAUACACCAACCAGAGCAUCAGGAAAAGCAAGAAAAAAAGAGGACAUAAAGAAUAUGUUAUAGACGAGAGAGAAGGAGCCUUAGGGAAGGAGGAGGAGCAGGCUACAGGGCUUGGGGAAUUUAACAGAACACAAUCCAAUCAGCCUCACAAAAAAAAGAAGAGACAACAGCACAAAAAGGAGGAGGAGGAGGAUGAUACUAGGGUUUUGGGUAAAGAGAGAAGAGGGAAGGAGGCUGUGGGGCAUGUCUGGGAAAAAGUAGACAGCAGAGCGUGCACUGAACCCAGCAGCAGAAACAAAAAGAGACAGCAUGAGGAGGACUUGAAAAAAGAGGAUGGAGGGGAGGAGAUAGCUUUAGAUGGUGAGACCAGGAAAACAGAAAGCAAAACGCACAGUAAUAAAAGCAGCAAGAAGAAAAGACAGCACCCUCAGGAGGAAGAGACCUUGGGUGUAUGUGAUGAAGAUGAGGAUGGUGGGACUAGAGAAAUACAAAGCAGAGAUAAGAAAAAGAGGGAGCAGCACCCAGAGGGGGAAAGAACUAGAGUCAGCACUAACCAGAGAGCCAAAAAGAAGAAGCAAAAGAGAGACUAACUGUCUGGUCAGGGUGGGACUCAACUGAUUCCUUUCCAACUAUAGUAUUACGACCAUUGUUAUUGCAAGACUUGUGCACCCCUAUAUCAAGUCCCUCCCUCCCAAGAAGGAAACAGCUCUCUGCUUCAAGGAAUGCUUUGCCAACCCUUAGUUGAGGGCAUGGAUGUAGUGACCUCUGCAGCUUCUAACCCAAAGACCACAAUUUCAAAUACUUUCGGGAGCCAGGCACCUAAGGAACAAGGGUUACUGAGGACCAUAGAAAAAGGAUCACAGAUGGGGCAUCUUCAUUUGAAGGUACAUUUCUGCCUUAAGAGGCUGAAAAUGUAGACUUACAGGAAUGUCUUGGUUUUUAAAUACAAUAUUAAGAAAAACAAAAUUUAGAUCUAUGGGCUACAUUCAUCUCACAUGUUCCCAAUUUCUGAUAUUAUAAAUACCAUCAACCUGGGUCCCUGACCUACAGCUGAGCGGCAACAUGCAUUUCUACUCCCAGCCUGGGAAAGUUCUGAGUAAAAAUUAUGAGUUUUUUUUCCUUGGGGACUUUAAAGAUAUUCCUUCUGUUAACCUGAAAUCUUGUUACACUAAUAUAAAUGGAAAUCGCUUACAGUA